ACUCUGAUCACCAUGGCAACUAACUUCACCCUAGACCAACAAUGUGAAGGAAAGGAGUGUCAAUCAAUCACAGAUGUGACGUACUACGUGGAGGAGAAGAAGAGACUGUGUGAUGACUGCGCCUCUAAAGAAGGAUGCAUCGCAAGAGUUAAAAGGGGUGUACCUAAUAUUUAUUGUGAAGAACAUGAUGAAAAGGUAAAAUUAUAUUGUAAAAGUCAUGGUAAAGCAUUGUGUUAUUCAUGCGCUAUGAUCAAACACCGGCAUCCUUGCCAGCGACAAGAUAUAAAUGAUGCAAUAAAAGACAGUGGGGCGAGGCUUACAGUUCUAAAAGAAAAAGGGAGGGACAAAUUGAAAGAAGGUCGUCUGUAUGAAGAUGAAAUUGACCAAUGCACGAAAGACACAGACACCCAUCUACAAGCUUUGAAAGAUGAAGUUAAUUCGACAAUCAAGGAGGCGAUCAACAUAGAUAAAGCCAAGGAGAAGAUGCAUGCUGACAAAAUAAACCAAGAAUUCGAUGAUCGGAAUCAAGUACUUCAAGAAGAGAUAAUGAAGAUUAAUGCGAAGAUUCGAAAGAACAAUAAGGAGAGAGAGAAACAACUUGAAUUAAUCCAUACAAAUGCACAGAUUAGACAAAGACACAUGGACAAUAAGAAGAUUGGUCUUCAUAGAGAAAUUGAUAACAUUGUUAAAGAGAAGGAUAGGAAGAUCAGAGAGUUGAUGAAAUCAUUGCAGGAUUACACAAAAACAAUAGAGAAUGCAAUACAAACCAUAGAUACAGUACUAGGAGACGAUAAAAACAUUGUUAAAGACGGUCAUAGUGUGAACAUGUCAGUGAGUGAUAAACUAAAGAAACCACUUUAUAAGAAUUAUGUGAAACAAAUCACUGAUAGAAUAUCGGGCGUUAUGUUUGUGAAGGGUGUUGGGAGAGAGAAGUAUGAUGGUAGGAUUGGUGGGUAUGAUGGCGAGUGGAUGCUUAGUGAUACAAUCAAUGUCAAAGAUGAAAUUACAUGCCCAAUUAUUGUGGGUUGCAUAGAUGAAUGUAAUGUGAUCAUCACAGAUGUGGAGCCAGAUAGCGAGCAUACAUACAUGUUAGAUAUGAACACUAAACACAUUCAGAGAGUGAUAACAGGUACUGAUAUAUCAUGUGUAAUCUCCUGUGCAUUACUGAAUGAUGACAAGAUAGUGUGCGGUAGAUACUGUGAAGGUUGUACAGGGAAAUUUUAUACUGGAUCCAUCAGUGUAUAUAACAGACAAUGGAUACACAUUAAUGACGUCACAAUACCAAGAAACAAAUCUUACGAUAUCGCGUCAUCUUCUGGUCGCUUAACUCGUCUUUUCUCUCGGUUAACUUUUAAAGAGGUUAAGCACACAACGGACGAUACCUCAUUGGUGUAUGUAGCUGUUGACCGUGAUGGGAUGAUCAUCGCUGCUGAGUGGGGUAAGUCUAAGAUAUACGUCAUCAACCCAGCUGAUAGUAAGAUCGUGAAUACCAUCAAAUGUAAAGAGGAUGUAGUGAUGCGAGGUGUGCUAUCAUCAGGUCACAUCAUCGCCCAACCUGGUGAUAAGAGAAUACUAAUCAUAGACAGACAGGGUGGUCAAAGGGAAAUCCCCCACAGUGAUGUCAUCUGUGAUGUAAGUGUUGAUCCUAUAACAGACGACCUCUACGUCGUGACAUCAGAUGAUGAGUUCAAGACGUGUAUGAUUGAUCAGGUGAUGGGUGGGAGUGAAGUGAAGAAGAGAAGAGUGACGUCAUUCCCUCUAUCAAUUAGAAUGACUGAUGAGGAUGAUAGGUUGGAUUGCAUUUUAUCAUCUCGUGUAAUGAUCUCAUCAUUAGGCAAGAUAAUUGCUUGUGAUGGAGAUAGUAUUCUCGUAUUCGAAAAGAGAAUCUCACUAUAG